CGGCCCCGGCCGGUCUGAGCUCGCGUCCUGCCGCAGUCCCUCGGCCGCUAGUCUGGUCGAGCGCGAGCGCAGAGACCCCCACCGGCCCGUCAGCACUUGCAGCCGCUGCCGCCGCCGCCGCCGCGGCUCCCACUGGCGAUCGCAGCCGCGGGAACGCGAGCCCCAGGCUGGGCUGCGCAGCGUGGGAGGGCUUCGCGGGGACCGAUUCCGAACUUGCAGGGGACCGCGGCUCUCCCGGGCCUGGAGAGUGUGAACAGGAUUGCAGAUUUACAAUGAUAUGGUGAAUCCAAAGGCGGGAACCGAAAAGAUUUUCUCAGCUCUUUAGUUGGAACGACAGUGAAUUAUCUACCAACACCCAGCAUGGCUAAAAGUGCAGAGGUCAAACUGGCAAUAUUUGGGAGAGCAGGUGUGGGCAAGUCAGCUCUUGUAGUGAGAUUCCUGACCAAGCGCUUCAUCUGGGAAUAUGAUCCCACUCUUGAAUCAACCUACCGACACCAAGCAAACAUUGAUGAUGAAGUUGUCACCAUGGAGAUACUAGAUACUGCUGGUCAGGAAGACACCAUUCAGAGGGAAGGACACAUGCGUUGGGGAGAAGGCUUUGUGCUGGUUUAUGACAUUACUGACCGAGGAAGUUUUGAGGAAGUGCUGCCACUUAAGAACAUCCUGGAUGAGGUCAAGAAGCCCAAGAAUGUGACUCUCAUCUUGGUUGGAAACAAAGCUGACUUGGACCACUCCAGACAGGUUAGUACAGAAGAAGGGGAGAAGCUGGCCACCGAACUGGCAUGUGCUUUUUAUGAGUGUUCUGCCUGCACUGGAGAAGGGAACAUCACCGAGAUAUUCUAUGAGCUGUGUCGAGAGGUGCGUCGCAGGAGGAUGGUCCAGGGCAAGACGAGGCGACGCAGCUCCACCACACAUGUCAAGCAAGCCAUUAACAAGAUGCUCACCAAAAUCAGUAGUUAAGGCAGCACUGUUCUUGCAAAGCCCCUUCGGAGGUGAGUCAGGUUAUUGGAAACACUUUCUUGCCCUCUUCCCCCCCCACCCCUUUUCCCAAAAAAUAAAAGAAAAUACUCCA